AUGGAUCCUAAUUCAGGAAUAAGUCAUUAUUUAAAGAAGGAUAAUAAGCCCUAUAUUCCUAAACUUAAGCACGAAAGAUUGAGCUUUGAAUAUCCGGGACUACCAAAUCAAGACGAUUUCACCAAGCAUACAAAUGAAAAAAAGCCAAAAGUCGUUAACCGUUGGUCCAGAUACUUUCCAAAGAUAAUUACUGGUGUUGUUGUAUUGUGGGGUGCGUAUGCAAUUAAGGUAUGGGUAUACCUGCCAGAGCCUGGUUCGGAUAGUCAAGAAUUAUUAGAUCCUAGAGAAUUCCAUAGAUUCAUAAUCACACAUAAAGAGGAAAUUGACGAUCAGCAUUUUCUUAUAGAGUUGGUUCCAAAAUUCAACCACUGGCAAUACAGCUUUUACAGCAAUUACGAAAGCAAAAGUAUCUGGAAUGGUGACAAAAUUUGGUCCGUUGAUGUCAAACAACCUGACAUUAUGGUUGUGAGGGCUUAUACUCCAUUACCAUUAUAUUUUAUGAAAUCCGAAUAUACUAGAUCUGGUGAUAGAAAGCCAUUAUUGAAAGUUAUUAACAACGACGCAGAUGAUUAUGAUAAACAAGGAAGCAUGUGUCUUUACGUGAAGAAAUAUAAUGAUGGUGAAGUUUCUAGAUAUAUUGCUAAUAAGAAAAUUGGCGAAGAACUAGAAUUAAGAGGCCCAAACAUAGAAUAUAAAUUUCCAUACCAUCCGUUGAAACAAUUCCACGAAAGACCCAUUUUUAGAGACUUACCCUCUAAGAUCGAGCCUGAAAAUUUAGUUGAAAAAAUCAAGAAAGUUAAUAAAUUGGCUGAAUUUGAUAAUUUAGUAUUCUAUGCGGCUGGAACAGGAAUCACUCCAAUUUUGCAAGUAUUGUUAUCUCGUAACCCUUAUAGAGGAUUUGUUGACAUACAUUAUUCAGCACAGAAACAAGGUGAGUUAAAACCGUUAGAAAGAUUUUUAUUCUUCUUAGAAAAGUUAGAUAGAAUUAAAUUGCACACACAUUAUGAUAAUAUUCCAAAUUCAAGGUUGAACUCUAAAGAUGUUACUAAACCUGAACCUUCAGAAUAUACAAGUCCUUUACAUCUUGAAGAGAAAGGAGAUAAAAGUCAUCAACUAUCUCCGGAAGAAGCAUAUGAAUUAAGAAUGCAAAUUUUGAAUGGUGACAAAAAAAACCAUAAAACUCAACCUACAAAUGAUGACCAAAGAGUGCAUCGUUAUGAAAACGCUAUUGAACAGGCUAUUGUUACCAGUAAAGAACCGAAGAAACCGGCUAGUUUGAGUUUAGUUUGUGGUCCUGAUGGAUAUAUUGACUAUGUUGCAGGCAGUAAACAUGCUGAGGUCAAUGAACAAGGGCCAAUCAAAGGUUUACUAGGUGAGAAGGGUUGGGAUAAUGAUAAUACAUAUAAGUUAUGA